AUGUUCCCCUUCCGCGCCGUUUCGCCCAAGGACGUGCGCACGCUGAUCGACCGCGCAAGCAAAGAGGCGGACACGUUUGUGAUCACCGUGCACGACGGCCAGGUGACGCACACGGGAGGCGACGACGGGCCGGCGAUCCACCGCAAAAGAUUGGAUGGUCAGCUGGACCUGAUUGCGGACGUGGCCAAGGACAUUCCGGACAUGCGCGUCGUGUAUUCGGCGCAGGACACGCCGAGCACAAUUAUCUCGUACGAUCAGCGACAGGAGCUGUCGCAGGGCGUCGAGAACAACGAGUACGUGCCGCUCGCACGCAUCAAGUCGGACAACCAGUUCACGGGCUGGCUCGCGUCGUGCAGCUACAACUCGCCGCUGCGGCAGCACGGCUAUGACCCCAUCCCCGUCGAGGACAUUGACUGGGCCGAGAAGACGUUCAUCGUCGACCACCUUAAGAGCAUGGACAUGUGUGCGCAUCCCGAGCUUAUCCCGCAGCACGGCCUCCUCGCCGGCCUGCGUCUGCAGCGCGGCACGGACCCGCUCUCGGCCAAGUUUGCGAUCAGCAAGACGCUCGCGCAUGCUGACGUGCUUGGCGUCCCGACUGAGCGGUUCACAGAGGCAUCGACCGUGUCCCCCAUCCCCUGGGCCGAGAAGAACGGUGACCGGCUCCUAUGGCGCGGCGCGAACACGGGCAUCUGGCACAAGGAGCGGAACCACUGGCGGGGCACGCAUCGCCUGCGUUUGAUGUCCCUGACGAAUGCGUACGACGGUGUCGCGCGCGUCAUUGGCCCGCAAGUGAAGGGCACGGUGGGGCAGGCGACGGUCGACGCCCCACUGGACAAGCUGAAUGAGCAGCACGUCGACAUUGCCUUUGUCGGCGAGCCGAUCCAGUGCGAAGAGUCGGACGGGAGCUGCGCCGAGAUCAAAGAGAACUAUGCGUUCCGCGGCCGCGUCACGCCUGAUGACAUGGACCACGCCAAGUACCUCAUCGACGUGGACGGUAAUGCGUGGAGUGCGCGGUUCCAGCGCCUCAUGCUCUCAGGCUCGCUCCUGCUCAAGUCUACAGUCAUGCCCGAGUGGUUCUCGGACCGCAUCCAGCCGUGGCUGCACUAUGUCCCCGUCAAGGUCGACUAUGGGGAUCUGUACGACGCGCUCGUCUUCUUCAAGGGCAACGACGCGCUGGCCAAGGAGAUUGCAGAGAAUGCGCGCGAGUGGACGGAGAAGUUUUACCGCCGCGAAGACAUGGUCGCGUACGCGUUCCGGCUGUACCUCGAGUGGGCGCGCUUGCAGGCCGAAGACCGCGACGCCGCCAGCUACACGUACGACGAGAAGGAUGAGUUGGAGCGCAAGUAG